GCAAUCUCCAAGGUGCCUGCAGCAGGCUGGGGACAGAUCUUGGCCUACAUGGCAUUCUGCGAGGUUUCCCAGGAUCAGUCUCCAGGCACACCUGCUGCCGCUGGAGACUUUGGCUUCAAGGUCUUGACUUCCUCUGAUCCCGCAGAGAAGACUAAGAAAUUGUCCGCGGAACUUGCCAACGGAAGACUUGCAAUGAUGGCGAUCAUCGGCAUGUUCUUUCAGGAUGGACUUACUGGCAGUGCUUGGGGUGACUGGGCCAACUACACUGCAUCUCCAUUGCGAGCCUUCGAGAAUGAGUUGGGUGUGCAGGAGCCGGUGGGAUUCUGGGAUCCCGCAGGAUUUACCGCGGACGGCAGCGUUGAGAACUUCAAGCGACGUCGUCAGACAGAGCUUAAGCACGGAAGGAUCUCCAUGCUUGCAACAAUGGGCUACAUCACCCCGGAGAUCACUGGAAAGUUGCCGGGCUACUUGUCGCCAUCUGCGGGAUUGAAAUUUGCCGAUGUGCCGAAUGGACUUGCGGCAAUCUCCAAGGUGCCUGCAGCAGGCUGGGGACAGAUCUUGGCCUACAUGGCAUUCUGCGAGGUUUCCCAGGAUCAGUCUCCAGGCACACCUGCUGCCGCUGGAGACUUUGGCUUCAAGGU